AUGCCCAAAGCAGUUAUUUUAGUUGGAACGUGCGGUAGCCUCCGUCCUGAGGAAACCAAAUUGGGUGAUGUUGUGAUUUCUGCAAAGUUGACAACAUAUGGAUUGAAGGUUGUGACAAAUGAUAAAGAGAUACAUAAUAAUAUAAGAACGUUUGCUAGCAAACGAUUUCUUGACCUCAUUAAGGAUUCAGCUCUUGGCUGGAAGGCUCCUUUGGAGAACUCGGAAGAUCGAGAAGUCAAAAUUCACAGCAGCGGUGAGCUGUUGAGCGUUCCAGAAGUAAUCAAUACAGAAUUGCGGUGUAAACAGCUGGCUGAAACCUUUCCUCUGGCAGUGGCUGUUGACACCGAAGCCGAAGGUAAUGAA